AUGGAUCUACCCAGCAAUGCUUUGGGAGAGGGUGCAUGCUUACUUCGCGGAACUAUCGGGAAGAUAGUACUUGCUGAUGAUCGACGCUUUCUCAAAGUGGCCAGAAGUACACGAGUUGGGCACUCAUGCCACCAAGAGCAGACCGUAAAUGCGAUGAGACGGACCUUCAGUUAUCACGGUUUACCCAGGAGGUUGGUGACGGAUAAUGGGCCCCAAUUUAGGUCACAUGAAUUUCAGAUGUUCAUGAAGGCCAAUGGAAUUCGACAUCAGUUAACACCUCCUUAUCAUCCAUCAUCCAAUGGACGGACUGAAAGACUGGUCCAAGAACUCAAGUUUGAAGAGUCGGCCAACCGGGAGAUCCAUCAGUCAUCAGGUGUCAUCAUUCUUACUGCGGUAUCGAACGACACCAAACCGACAACAGGGAAGCCCCAGCGGAUCUGA